AUGCUUAUGAGCAAGCUUUUUCUCGGCCUUGGCUAUUUCACCGUCGCCUUGGCACAACUCGCGGAUACCUCCGACUAUCCAAUUGGACCAUUGACUUCGUCUGAUGCCAAAUGGGCUGUCAAGGUCUGUGACAUCACCGACUACGGUGCUGUAGCAGAUGGGGAGACAGAUGCCGGACCUGCUAUUUUGGAUGCAUUCGAUGCCUGUUCCUCCGGUGGUGUGGUCAAUAUUCCUUUAGGAACCUUUGCCUUGGAAACAUGGGUGACAUUGAGCGGCGGAAGCGCAUGGGCUAUCAAUUUAGAAGGCAUCAUUCACAGCACGGACUUUGAGAUUUACUCCUCCCGCGGCGAGGGUGCCAUCCAAGGCUAUGGUUACGAAUUUCACUCUCAAGGAGAGUAUGGCCCACGUAUAUUGCGCCUUUACGAUGUGACAAAUUUCGCCAUCCAUGACAUUGCCCUUGUUGACUCGCCGGCUUUCCAUCUGUCCCUCGAUACUUGCAACCAAGGCGAGGUUUACAAUAUGAUCAUUCGGGGUGGAAAUGAGGGAGGGCUUGAUGGCAUCGACUUGUGGGGGUUUGACAUCUGGGUGCAUGAUGUCGAGGUUACUAACAAGGAUGAAUGUGUCACCGUAAAGAGUCCUGCCAAUCAUAUCCUCGUUGAGAAUAUCUAUUGUAACUGGUCUGGAGGCUGUGCCAUGGGCUCAUUGGGAACUGACACCGAUAUAACAAAGGUGACAUACAGCAAUAUUUACACAGUCAAUUCGAACCAGAUGUUUAUGUUCAAAAGCAAUGGAGGCAACGGAUCAGUAACCGAGGUGACCCUUGAGAACUUUAUUGGACAUGAGAAUGCCUAUUCGCUUUAUAUAGAUGCCUACUGGACCGACGAGACUCUGGCAGACGGAGAUGGCGUCCUUUACAAUUCCAUUACCUUCAGCAACUGGAAGGGAACAUGCGCAAACGGUGCGACUCGACCUCCUUUAUAUGUACUAUGCCCUUCAACUCAGCCAUGCACCAAUAUCGUCAUUGAAGAUUUUGCCAUGUGGACGGAAUCAGGAAGCACCGAGUAUUACAAGUGUGCCGAUGCCUGGGGAUCUGGCUACUGCCUGCACUCUGGAUCGGCACAUACAGAGUAUGGCACAGUCACCUCAACAUUGACUUCUGCACCAUCGGGGUACUCAGCGACGACUAUGCCUGGUCAGCUAACUGCUGGGUUGGGAAUUACCACUUCCAUUUCGAUCCCGACUGUUCCAAAUACAUUCUUCCCAGGGGCUACACCAGCGACCGCUCGAGUUUAUGGUAGUUGA